AUGCAAAUUGUUUUCGGGCUUUUGUGGGGAACAUCUGCCUAUGCAAUAAGUCAGACGCUAAUUGCGCGAAAUCUGGUUUACCACGUCGACCCUGGAGAGGAGAAGGUGUUGGAUUUGAAAGGUAUCAAUUACAGUGGGGCGAAACUAUUAUACACGAUAACAUCGCUUCCGCUCAAUGGAGAGAUUUACCAGCUUUCGGAUAUUUUCAGCAAAUACGGCUACGACCCUAAGCGUGCAGCAUCACCGAUACGAUUUGUACCCACGGCUGUCACAGGCUCGAACAACCGAAUCAUAUUCCUGCGUCCACCUUUUGGAGGCCCACGAAGGGAUACUAAAUUUGCAGAAUUUCGGUAUUCUGUCACUGAUGGAGUGACGACGUCGAAUGAGGGUAUCAUUGUUGUAACUACAAGUGAUGCGCUAGUGUCCAGUACGUUUGACCUCGAUACCGACAAUUGGGGGAUCGUGUCAAAUGGAGAAGGUGCCGAAUCUAGACCUCGCUAUCAACCAAUUUCGCGGGGAGUGCAAUUAAGUUAUUACAUCUAUGGACUUGACGCUGUUAUCCAUCGUCGUGAUGAUACUGGUGACGAUUCAAUGUUGUGGUACUUCACCGCCCCACCCAAAUUUCUUGGUAACCAUUGGUCAGCCUAUGGAGGUUCUCUUGACUUUGUGCUUUCAUCGGCGGAAGGUAGUUUUGAUGCUGCGAACUUGAAUCUUGCCGGAUCAGGUCAUUUGGUCGAGCUGGAAUGUGCGACUUGUGCACAAUUUACAGGAAUUACGUUUGCAAUGCCUUUAAGUCCAGUGUUUUCGUACGACGGAACUUCCACACAAUUUAAGAUUCCUUUAAAUGAGCUUGCUGGUUGGCUUAAGGAUCCAAAAAAUAUCAUCUUAUCCUGGACACCGCCCACGCAAUGUGAGUUUGUUAGUGUAUUAUCAGGACUUUCAGCAUUAAGAAUUCUUGGCGAUUUUACGCGUGGUUACGAAAGCGUAGCUUUAGACUCCGUAAUUUUACGACACGGACCGGGGCAGCCUGUAAAGUGUUAUACUUCAUCAAUUUAA